GACCGUUCCCCUGCUCUGUGUGUGGUAAGAGGUUCACCGCAGCCUUCAGGCUUAAGGCACACAUGAAGAUCCACAGCGGAGAGAAACCCCACCAGUGCUCCGUCUGUGGCAAGGCCUUCCUUCGACCCUACGACCUUAAAAGACACCUGGUGACCCAUAAAGGAGAGGGCACCAGCUCUGACCCUGACAGUCCAGGGGAUCCUGACCAGGAGUUGAAGCCAUAUUUCUGCUCCCAGUGCGGUAAGAGGUUCACUGCAGCCAGCAGCCUGAAGACACACACAAUGACGCACAGUGGAAAGAAACCCCACCAGUGCUCCGUCUGUGGGAAGUGUUUCCUGCGAUACCAGGACCUGAAGAGACACCAGGUGAUCCACAAAGGAGAGGGCACCAGCACAGGAAAACCCCACCAGUGCUCUGUCUGCGAGGAGAGUUUCUUGAAGCUCGACGACUUGAACAUCCACGUGACGAUCCACACAGGAGAGAAGACCAAGCACAUCUGCCAACCAUGUGGGAAGACCUUCACUCUGCUGCAGGACCUAAAGACUCACCAGCGCACCCAUACGGGAGAGAAACCGUACCACUGCUCCAAGUGCCCAGAGAGCUUUGGCAACCUGUUGGAGUACAGGGAGCACAAGCAGACACACAAUAACAAGAAACCGUACCUUUGGGAGAACCUCCUCCACUGCUCCUACUGUGGGAGGGGCUUCACUCAGAAAACCUCCUUGGCGACCCACAUACUGAUCCACACCAAGGAAAAACCGCACCAGUGCUCUGUGUGUGGCCAACGUUUUGCCAGAAGCGAAAGCCUGAAGAAACACAAGAGGAUACACAUGGCAGAGGUCCGCCAUCACAUGUGCGAAGUGCGGGAAGAGUUUCCCUGA